CCGUUUGCUUUUCUUUUUCUUUUUUUUUAAACAAAAAAAUAGUGUGCUUGAUGCUACUGUUCCUUUACUGUUCUCUUUGAUUGCUUUGAUAUACCAACUGUCAAAGAAGUUUUCAAAGAGUCAUGAUUAUAUGCCAGUGAGUGAGGAAAAGCUUCCAAAUCUCCCCAACAGAUGGAAACAGCCCCUACCCCAACUUGUGCAAUCCGUGUUCGUUUUGUUAACAAUGGGGCAAUACACUUUUCUGUUUGCUUGGAGAUUGAGAGACUUCGUGUCGAGUGACCAAGCACCUAUAUACCUGGUCUUGGAUCCUAUUCUUAGUUUUGCUGCUUGGGCGUACAUCUUUUUGCUGCUGUCGUCUACCAUCUUUUCCACUUACAAAGGAAGUGUUUCGAAUGCUAAUCGACACCAUAUCCUGAUUUUGUUUUUCUACACUCUUACCUUCUCCGUGUCAUGGAUCCGUCUACGAUCAUCUAUCUUGGAUACCACUUCUGGCGUUGAAAAGGUCCUGGCUCCAGUCUAUGCCACUUUCUGUACCAUACUUUGGUUCAUUUCGGUCCUGCAACCACAAGAUAUAGAUCCAAGAAACUUUGUGCUUGUUGACGACGAAACCAUGGAAGUCACGGAGGAUGGAAAAAUCUUAAAGAACGGACUUCAAUUGUCAACAGAAACGUGGGCUAGUGUGUUUUCCUGGGCUAUUUUCGACUGGAUGACCCCGUUGGUCAUUUUCGGUAACAAGCAACCACUCUCGCGUGAGGACAUUUAUACCCUUAGUGUUCAACACCGUGCCAGAUGGAAUUUCAUGGAUUUCCAAGACACUUUGAAGACCACGCCUAGCUAUAAAGUUCUUAAGCGAAUGAUCAUGGCAAGUUGGGACUCUGUUCUACUUCAGCUUGUGGUAUCCAACAUCACAGUAGCCAUAUCAUAUACUGUUCCCUACUUCUUGCAAAAGUUCUUGGAGUAUCUUGAAAAUCCCAACGGACGCCCUAUUUCCGUAGCCUACUUCUAUGUAUUUAUGAUGUUCCUCACCAGCAUUUUCAAAAUGCUUGUCGCAACUGUACACUUGUUUUAUGGUCGACGAUGGAACGUCCGAGCUUUCAACCAGCUCGAUGCCGAAAUUUUUUACAAGACUCUCAAACGAAAGGAUGUCGCUGGUAAGGUUGAAGCAGCAAAGAAGGACAAGAAAGAAGGAGAAGAUGAGGAGGACGUUGGCGCUAUUAGCAAUGUAGGCAAGGUCACCAACUUGAUGAGUGUUGACGCUGACAGAUUGGGCAUUAUACCUAGUUUUGUCAACAUGUUCUACAACAGUCCUGUUGAAAUCUUCAUUGCUCUCUUCUAUCUUUACAAACUACUUGGUGUGGCCGCUUUGAUUGGAUUGGUUAUCAUGCUUAUAUCGUUCCCCAUCACCGGAUGGCUUAGUGUCAAGUUGAACAAGGUCUACACAACUCUUAUGGCUGCCAAGGACAAGAGAAACGAGCUUACCAACGAACUUCUUCAAGGUAUUCGUAUGGUUAAGUUCUUUGCUUGGGAGAAGACUUGGACUCAAAAGGUCAAUGAUGCUCGUGCCGUUGAAAUUAAGCAUUUGUGGAGAGUGGUUACGUAUUCCAUUCUUUUCGAGGCUUUAUAUAUGAUCACCCCCACCUUGGUUACCAUUGCUACCUUCAUGUGGUAUACUAAAAUAUCAAACCAAGAACUCACUGCUAGUGUCGCAUUCGUUGCUAUCACAUUGUUUGACAUGUUGCGCAACCCUCUAUUGUUAUUGCCUGAUGCCUUUAGCACAUUCUCAGAAGCAUAUGCCAGUUUGACUCGUAUUUCAGACUACCUCAAGGAGGAAGAGAUCAAGUUAGCUGUUAUCGAUGAUUCUGAAUAUAUGGACGAGAGCGGAAAGCCUCAGUAUGAAAAGAUCACCAGAACUGGAUUCGAGAAUGCUUCCUUCCAAUGGCAUAUUCCCUUGCCCGAGGAGGCACAGAAGAAAAAGGACAAUGCUGAGACUGACGCGGCUUCCGAACAAAACCAAGCACCACCGUUCACAUUGCGUAUACCUCAAUUAGACUUCCCUACUGGCGAGAUAACUAUUGUGUGUGGUCCCACUGGAUCAGGAAAGACAAGUUUGCUAUAUGCCCUUCUUGGAGAAAUGGAUUGUGUCGAUGGCAGAGUUCACUUGCCCUCUAAAUUACGCAAUUCCGAAAACUUUUCAAUGUACCCUCAAGUGGAUCCCAACUACCCUGAACUCAAAAUAACGGAUGUAGCCUUUGUCAGCCAGACUGCUUUCUUACAACAUGCAUCUAUUCGUGAUAACAUUCUGUUUGGUGAAAAGUUCGAGGAAACUCGUUACAAGAAGGUUUUGCGGCAAUGCGCUUUGGUGAAGGAUCUCUCGGUUUUGCCAGACGGUGAUCGCACUGAAAUUGGCGAAAAAGGAAUCUCUCUGUCCGGUGGACAAAAACAGCGUGUUGCUCUUGCUCGAGCGAUCUAUUCACAUGCAAAGACUGUACUUUUGGACGACUGCCUUUCAGCUGUGGACUCUCACACUGCUAAGCAUCUGUACUUCAAGUGUUUAUUGGGUGAACUCAUGGUCGGCCGUACUGUUAUCCUGGUGACUCAUCACGUCAAACUUUGUCUCCCUCGUGCCAAGUACAUUGUCAAGUUGGAAAAUGGUUCCGUUAGCGGAUGCGGAUAUGUUAAGGACCUUCGAGACAGAAAGAUUCUUCAGGAUAUGCUUGGUGAAGAUGACAGUGCCGAAAAUGCUCAUGAAGCAGACGCCAUUGAAGAAACAGGCACAGAAGAGGAAGUGGACAUCGAUCUUGGCGAAUCCAAAGAAGAAGCCAAGAAGCUCAUCAAAGAAGAGACAUCUGAAGUUGGUGGUGUUAAAUUGCAUGUUUACAAGGCUUACUUUGAUGCAUGCGGUGGAUGGUUCUUCUGGGGCUCUGUGAUCGCUGCCUUCAUUAUCUCUAGACUUCUUAUCAUUGCACAGUCGUAUUGGAUUCGUGUCUGGGCUGCUGCUUACCAAGAAGCGGAUUCUAGCUUUUCGGCUAACUUCUACCAGGCUGGUUUGCUCACUCAAAACGACCUUCCUAUUUACUAUACUCCUCUCAAGUUCGCCAACUAUCUCGCCGAAAAGGCUCCUACAGACGCAGUUCUGCGACCUUGGAUAGCCAACAAGGGUGAGCCGGUGAAUGUUGAUUACUAUAUUGGCGUCUAUGCUCUCUUGUGCUUCGUCUUCCUUGUCAUUGAUGUUAUGAAGGCUAUUUUGACUUACCGAGGUUCCGUCCGUGGUGCACAAGUACUGUUCCACAAAAUGUUGGAUCGUAUUGUUCAUGCUCCUAUGCGAUUCUUCGACACCACACCUGUUGGAAGAAUUCUCAACCGUUUCGGCAAGGACGUUGCUACCAUUGAUACACAAAUGGCCAGAAACGCUUUGGUAUUAUUUGAAUGUAUUACCAUGGUCAUCGCUGCAGCUGUAGUCAUGAUAACAGUUACCCCAAUGUUUAUCAUUGCGUGCUUGUUAGUUUCCGUGCUCUAUGUUAUGAUCGGAAAACUUUAUCUUCAAGUUUCCAGAGAAUUCAAGCGGCUGAACUCUGUCAGUCGUUCGCCUAUCUACAGUCACUUCUCAGAAACUCUGGUUGGCGUUAGCACCAUUCGUGCCUACGGUGCUCAAGAAAGAUUUAUGCGCGAGAUGUUAUAUAGACUCGAUACCUAUACUUCAUCGUUCUAUCUACUUUGGAUGAGCAAUCGCUGGCUGUACUGUCGUAUCGAACUUACCGGCGCCAUUGUCACACUUGCUGCUGGUGUCUUCAUUGUGUUGAAAAUUGGCUCUAUUGACGCUGGUUUGGCUGGUCUUUCCUUGACUUUCUCAAGAGGAUUCUUGGAAGGUGUAUACUGGUUUGUCCGUCAAUACACUCAAGUCGAAAUGAACCUUAACUCUGUCGAACGUGUUCAGGAAUAUCUUGAAAUUGAGCAAGAGCCACCGUACAUUAUUGAAGGCCACGAGCCUGCAGCUGCAUGGCCUACCACAGCCGCAGUCGAAAUCAAGGAUCUCAGCAUUUCGUACGCUCCUGACCUUGACCCUGUCAUCAAGGACAUCAGCUUUGAUAUCCAUCCUCAUGAGAAGGUCGGUGUUGUCGGCAGAACUGGUUCUGGUAAGAGUACACUAGCUCUUAGCUUGUUCCGAUUUGUUGAUCCUACCACUGGUCACAUCAAGAUUGACGGUGUCGACAUUACCCAUAUUGGCGUUGAGAGCUUGCGAUCAAAGCUUACCAUUAUUCCUCAGGAUGCUGUCCUGUUUUCAGGCACCAUCCGAUCCAAUCUUGAUCCUUUGGAAAUCCACUCAGACGAGGCUAUCUGGGACAUUCUUACCCGUGUACAUCUUGUAAACCAGUCUCCCAGCUCCACUCCGGGUGAGGGAAGCUCUAUUGGAAGCGGUGAUAACAUUGACUCUGCUACAGCCACAGAGGAAGAAAAUAACAAAGGUAUCUCGUCUUUGGAAGCUCCAGUCAGUGAUGGUGGUCAGAACUUCUCUCAAGGCCAAAGGCAACUUCUUUGCAUGGCGAGAGCACUUCUUCGCGACAGUCGACUCAUCAUUAUGGACGAAGCCACUGCUAGCGUUGACUACGAGACCGACAGAAAGAUUCAAAUCACUAUCCGGGAAGAGUUCUCAGAAUCGACUCUUAUCUGUAUUGCUCACCGUCUGCGAACCAUUAUCGAUUAUGACCGAGUGCUUGUCCUCGACCAAGGUACCAUCUCUGAGUAUGAUACACCUUAUAACCUGCUCUGCAAGGAUGCUGGAACAGGCAUGUUCAAGUCCAUGUGCGAAAAGUCUGGUGAACUUGACACACUUAUUCAAAUGGCAACCGCUGCUGAAAACAAGAGAGUUGCCGAUAGAGAACAGGGCAUUGUAACCGAUACAACUCCUGAUGAUUUUAGCAGACACCAUUAGUUUUAGUUCCAUCACAUUGAGCUUUUUUAUUUCUAAAUUUAUCCGUACCCCCAAAAUACACAAUUUUACAUUAUCGCAUCAUUUGAUACCGCGAAUUGACGAUAAAAAGGUGUGGAAGCAUCGUUAAUA